CACCUUCAGCAUGCCUUUUUCACAAUACGACCAAGUAGAAGCACCACGUUUCUGUGCUGCAUUCUACAAUUGUUUGUAUUAAAACGGUGCAAAACCACCUGCAUUUGUGUUAAAACAAUCCCGAAUCGUACCACGGUCACGUUUCGUUUCGCUUUCCCUUGUGAAUAAACCCGAGAAACCGGCACCAGCAUGACUGCACGCAGUAAGAAACGGCGCAACCAAAACAACGCCAUUCGCCGCACCAAAAACAAGGUGAAGGAGCUGAAGAAACUGAAGAAAAUGCUCGGCUUCAUCGAGGAAGACGCGGGCGAAGGAAAACUGAUGGACAAAAUCAAGGAAAUCACCGCACAGAAGAAACAGGAAGAGGAACUAGAGCAGGUAAAGCAGGAAGCGAUUGAAGAGCUGAUCGAACAGGAAACCAAGGAGUACGUCAACCAGGACAAGUUCGUAACGGUGGUCAACCCGAAAACGAAGGUGAAGCACGUGUACAACGUGAAAACGAAGCGGGACCAGUUUGGCCAAUACCCGGUCUGGUAUAACGCGAAGAAGGAGCGCAUGAAGCAGCGACGCCGCGAGGGUAAGAGCGUCAGGUGUCGGCAGUUCCGUGGCCACCGUUUGCACUUUAUCGACCGAGGAUCGAACUGGAAGGCACUGCUGGCGAAAUAAACCGAACCGUGAUUUUGUUAUUAGUAACACAAAGAA